UUAGGAGGCUGGUAUAAAGAUGAAGUGCACCGGCUUUCUAAUCCUCCUGGUGGUCCUGUUUGCCUGGAAUGGCAGAGUUCGGGCAAUAGAAACUGCCUUUGAUAUAUGGAAUAAAUUUGGAGACGGUGGAGCUCUGCCCAAUGAUCCGGAACGGCUAAACGAAAAAGGUAUUUCGGUUCUUGGUACAACUAACCAACUGCAAGACAGAAAUGAAGGUACGAUAACGCAAUUGAAAAAUCUUAUUGAUAAUUAUGUGGGGAAAUUAUUAUCCGAUUUACCCAAUACUCGGAAAAAGAAAAGGAGACAAGCGCUGCAGGAAUCCCUACAAGCUUUAACUGGUCUGAGCUUGGCCAUAUCCCCAUUGCUAAAAAUCCUGGCGAACAUCAAGAACCAGGAGGAGCAACUUGUCUCCAAACUCAAUGUUCAGAAUGAAUGGAAGUUCUGGGCUGCCGCAAAGGUUUCGCGAGUUCAGGAUUCCACUAAAGGGCUUAGGACCGCGGAGGCUGUUUCCAUCACUGAAAACUUCAACAAUCGUUACGGCCUUCGAUUGCGCAGCUGUGUUGGUCUGUUCAUCUGGAAUCAGAUUCGGUUUAACUUGGACCUGGAAAGUUCCCUAAAUGGCCUGCAAAAUCCAACGGGGCAGCUGAUCGAUGCCACUGAAGGCUGUUCCAGCGUUAAGGCAAAAACGUGUCGCCGGGACGUGAGAAGGGUUAUUGAUGGCCUCCAGAAUGCUCCACAGAAUCUGCUGAGCCUGCGGAAUAAAGGCAAUCAGUUGGAGGACAUCCAAAGACAAAGCAAUCAGUGUGUGGAUAAAACCCUAAAGGAAUAUACCGAGGAGCGGGUCGAAGUGGAAAGACAGCUGGAGGAUAUAAUCGCGGAUUAUCGCGAGAGUGAAACACCCAACAAAUAGAUGGGGAAAUAUACUAUACAUUAAAAAUUAAAUAUUAUUGCACUAAUCAACGGCGAACAUAUAGCAGAUACAGCACAUACAAAGGACCUCUAUAGAAACAGAAAAAUAUAUAUUAAUUCUAUAAAAUAUUUCGUAUGAAAAAGAAGCAGCAAAGUUAAUGUUUAAAUCUUUUAAAUACAUUCUGUGAGAAGA